AUGGCUGUCACCGAGCUUGCUCUUCUCCAUCUCAAAAACAACAAUGACCUCGACGCCCCAGAAAAUGAAAACGUUAAAACAGCACUUCGAAUAGCGAUACAAAAGCAAGCGGCGUUCGCUGGAUACCCUGUUUACUUGUUUACACAAAUUGAAGAUCCCUCAUAUAUAUACCUACUGGGCGGAUGGGACUCGGUAGAAGUACACGUGCGGAAAUGGAUACCAUCGGAGGAAAACCAGCAACUGCUCGCUUCGGUCCAGGAAGGCCUGGAGGUGGCUUGGCUGCAGCACAUUGACAUCCAUCCCGCAUUCCAAUCAAACCGAAAUGGACGUGGGGGUGACGUUACACCCCCGUCUGCCCCAGUAAUUGCUAUUGGCCGCUACUUCGUGGAAGGAUCCAAAAGAGGGGUCUUCCAGGACGCAUUCUCCGCUAAUAGACACCACCUUGAGGCCUUUACCGCGCCGACGAGUAUCAGUGCUGGCUGGGGGCUCGGUCCGGGGAUGGAGGAAGAUACAGUAGGCAGCAGGAAGGAGGAGUUUGUGCUUUUCAGUGGCUGGGAUGCGGUCGAAGAUCAUUCCAAGUUUGCAGAGUUGGAAGGUUUCGAGGAUUUCGCGACGAUUAAGCAAUUCCUCGAUGGUGCUGACAUCAAGCAUGCAGUUCGCUAUGCUGCGUCUUGA